AUGGAGGAUAAAGCCAACUUACGUGAUGAUUUAACGAUUCUAACGGACAUGUAUCCUGAAUUAGACGUUUCUAUUGAUUUGUUAGAUUCAGCUAAGGAAUUGACAGAAAUAGUUACUGGGUGUCUGCCCUUCAAAAUUUCACUUCCCACAGACGUAACGGUUGAGUAUGAAAAUAAGUCAUUAAUUUUGGAUAAACUUCAGACUGAUUUAUUGCGUUUUAGUAUUGAUCCUAAAGAAUAUCCUAGUUUGAAUAAAGGUUUAAAGCUAGAAAUAUUUUCUCAAUGGAUGGGAGACAAGUUUAAAAAUAAAAUCAUACAAUCCAUAAAUUCAGAAUUUGGUGAAUUGACAGAUCCUAAUUCAGACAGGUAUGAUCCGUUCACUCCUAUACUGAUGCUUGUAUUCAGUUAUGUAACUGAUGAUGUCGCCAGCCUUAUCUUUCCAGAUAAUAAAUAUAUCUGUAGAUCUGAAGAAGAAUUUAAACUAUACGAAAACAGUACAGUUAUUGUGAAGGAAGAAGAAAUUACAAAGAGCAAUUAUUCAUGUUGUAUAUGUAUGGAUAUUAAGAAAGGGGACAGGAUGAUAAAACUGCCGUGUAUUGGAGAAGAGAAACAUCUUUUAUGUGUAGAUUGUACUAAAAACUACUUCACAAAUAUGAUAGAACAGGGAAAUAUAAACGGUAUCAGAUGUCCAGAAUGUAAGUAUAACGAAAUAGAUCUGACAAAACUCAAGGACUUUAAUCAAAUCAAGAGCAGUCUAUUUACUCCUAUGAUCAAUUUUUUAUUUUUUGAAGGAAUCCUGGAACCAGAAAUGUGUGAACGAUAUAAGGAACUACAUUAUAAUCAAGCGGCAACAAAACUUUCAAAACAUUGCACAUAUGCAUGUGUAACCUGUCGAAGAUGUGAUCAAUGGUGUGUGAAAGAAGAUUUGGAUGAUUCGAUGGUUCGAUGUAACAAAUGUGAAUUCGUUUUUUGUUUCGACUGCUUACACUCUUGGCAUGGUUAUAACAAUAAAUGUGGGAAAAAGGUUAAAAUUUCCAGAGAAGUAGUAGAAGAAUACAUUGAUGAAGAUAACGAAACUUCUGAUGAAAGAAAGAAAGAGCUUGAAGCACAAUAUGGUAAGAAGAUGUUGGAACAAGAGGUUAGUGAAUAUCUAUCAGAUAAAAUGUUGGAUCUAGCUAUUGCCGAAGAGGGCUCUGACUUACAAAGGUGUCCAAAUUGCAGAUUAGUAGUCCAGAGAAGUGAAGGCUGUAAUAAAAUGAAAUGCAGUGUAUGUAAUCAUAUGUUUUGCUAUCUCUGUGGUGAACUUUUGUAUGUAGAAGAUCCAUAUGAACAUUUUAGAGAACCUUGGUCGCCCUGUUAUGGUCGGUUAUUUGAAGGAAUGCAAGGUGUGGAAUAA